CAUGUGUCAGUCAAACCAGAUUACGGAAGUGUAGCCCACCCACUACAAAGAUGGAGGACGAUAUCUCAAAUUUGAGCAGACCUCAGAUGUAUUUGUUUGGUUGUACCCUCAAAUCCGACAAACGGGAGUUCAGAGUUGACGUAGACGACGAUGAUACGGAGCAGCAGCUUUCACUCAAAGCAGUGUGUCUGGGGGCUGAGGCUGAGGAUAAGUUCCACAUGGUGGAAGUGGAGGGUCUCACCUAUGAUGGGAAAUCAACCAAAGUCCCACUGGUUGCCCUGAAACCGUCCGUCAUGCCCUCUAUGACUUUAGGAGGAUUUGAAAUCACGCCUCCAGUCACCUUCCGUCUCCAGUCUGGCUCUGGACCAGUUCACAUCAGCGGGCAGCAUUUUGUUAGUGUGAAGGAUUCAGACGAUGAAGAAGAGGAGAACAACUCGUCACCUGUGAAGCGGCCUGCAAGCCUGAUGUCGGGGAAGAAGCCUCCUUUGAAAAAACUGAAGAUGGAUUCGGACGACGAUGACGACAGCGACGAUGACGAGGAAGACGAUGACAGCGAGGAAAAUGAUGUGACUCCUCAAAAGAAUGUUGGAAAAGAUCUCAAAAAAAGCCCAGAGUUUUCAGCAAAGAAGCCCAACAAGACUCCGGUGAAACAAAACGGCCCCGCAGGAAAACCAUCAGGAUCAGCGGUCAAACCUCAAGUUAAGACACCUGCCCCAGGAAAAGACAAACCCCAGGCUGGCCCGUCUAAAUCUCCCUCUCUGACAGAGAUUAAGAGCAAGUUGUCAACGGCCGCCAAGGAGGGGAAACCACUACCGAAGACCGAGCAGAAGUUUGAAAAUUACUUGAAGAGCUGUUUUAAAAUCGCAGACCAAAAGGUGGUCAAGGACCUUUGGAGUUUUGUAAAAACACUGAAGAUUGAAAAGAAGUAACACACGUUGUUCUUUUGAAGCAUUUGUAUGUUUUGCCUCCUGCAAGACAUUUAAAGGCACAGUCUGCGAGAUUUCCUCUUCGGCCUUAUUAAGUGUUACUGAAAAAGGGGUAACGCCGUUAGUGAUUCAGGGGUCAUUUUCAGUAGUUUAGAUGUGAAGCACCUUUUUGGAGCUAGUUCAUAACUCACAACCUCGCUCAUUCAUGUUUAUAAGCUGUCCACUUCAUCGCAAUCUGCACCACUUAUAGGCAAGGAAAGGAACUGCACACGCCUUUAAGAAGCUGCAUGUGAAUGUUGCUCAACAUGCUGCAAUUAUUCAUAUGUACGCCGCCUGCAUGUAAUAAAUGUUGCACAUGCAUGAUUUUAUUGAUGCAAUAAAUAACAACGUCAUUACAUAUUCAGAGCCAAAGAUCAAAUCUGGUCAACUAGGUAAUUUGUUCAGGCACAAACGGAAUAUCUUUAACCAAAAGGAGC